GCUCUGUGGUCGUGUUAUGUGUUACGGCACACCCCCGAUUCUGUUACUAAUCCGGGCCAAUUUGGCCCAGCUGAGCAGCCCACUAUCGCUCUAUUCCCGCAUGCUUCAAGAGAGAAGUUCCCAGCAGCGGAAAGUCUUUCGAAGUUCGAAUCAUGGCUCAUGGUCAUGGGAGCAUGAGAGCAGCGGUCCGCACGAGGCGGCCACGGCCGCCGCCGGAGCUGGCCAAGGCGCCGGUUCCGCCGACGACGAGGAGUAAGCCGGAGAAAGACCUCUCUCCCUUAACCCUCCCGGUAAGGGCGUUCAAGCUCCGCCUGGCUAACGGCACACCGCUGGCGCCCACGCCGAAGGCCUUCAAGUCCUACUCCGAGACCUGCGCCUCCCUCCUCCGCCACUGCCGCGCUACGAGUGCCGCCGCCACCGCCACGCCCGCUUACGCGCCUUCCUCCGGUUGCCUGCCGCUUGUCCUCUCCCUACACGCGCACACCCUCCGCUCUGGCCUCGCCGCCGACCGCUCCGUCGCAUCGAACCUCCUCACAGCGUACGCCGCCUUCGCGCGUGCCGCGGACCGUGACCGUGCCUUCCGUGACUGUGUUUCCGCUGAUGCGGCAUCCUCGUUCACCUACGACUUCAUGGUGUCAGAGCAUGUGAAGGCGGGGGACAUUGCCUCUGCCCGCAGGCUGUUCGACGGAAUGCCCGAGAAGAGUGUCGUGUCCUACACAACCAUGGUCGACGCGCUCAUGAAGCGUGGGUCUGUGAAGGAUGCAGUUAAGCUGUAUGAGCGAUGCCCGCUCUACUCGGUUGCCUUCUUCACGGCCAUGAUUGCUGGGUUUGUCCGCAAUGAACUCCAUAAAGAUGCAUUCCCUGUGUUUCGCAAGAUGCUAAGGUGCAGUGUGAGACCUAAUGUCGUUACUCUUAUUUGUGUGAUCAAGGCCUGUGUUGGUGCAGGUGAAUUUGAUCUUGCCAUGGGUGUGGUGGGAUUGGCAAUCAAAUGGAACUUGUUUGAAAAGAGUAUCGAGGUACACAAUUCUUUGAUCACUCUGUAUCUAAGAAUGGGAGAUGCAGCUGCAGCACACAGGGUGUUCGAUGACAUGGAGGUGAGGGAUGUCGUCUCCUGGACCGCGUUACUUGAUGUGUAUGCUGAAUUGGGUGACCUCGAGGGAGCACGACGUGUUCUUGAUGCAAUGCCUGAGAGGAACGAGGUCUCCUGGAGUACUUUGAUUGCAAGGCAUGAGCAGAAAGGUGAUUCUGCAGAAGCAUUGAAGCUUUACAGUCAGAUGCUUGCUGAGGGUUGCAGGCCAAACAUUUCAUGCUUCUCUAGUGUGCUCAGUGCUUGUGCUACCCUUCAUGACUUAAGGGGAGGAACAAGGAUACAUGCCAAUGCACUGAAGAUGGGAUUUAGUUCCAGUUUAUUUGUAUCCAGCUCUUUGAUUGACAUGUACUGCAAAUGCAAGCAGUGCACGGAUGCUCAAAGGAUUUUUAAUUCCCUCCCAGAAAAGAACACAGUAUGUUGGAACUCUCUUAUUUCAGGUUAUAGCUGGAAUGGAAAAAUGGUGGAAGCAGAGGAGCUCUUCAAGAAGAUGCCUGCAAGGAAUGCAGCUUCAUGGAAUACAAUGAUUUCUGGUUAUGCAGAAAAUCGACGAUUUGGUGAUGCACUAAAUUAUUUCUGUGCAAUGCUGGCUUCAGGACAGAUUCCAGGGGAAAUCACCUUGUCAAGUGUUCUUCUUGCAUGUGCAAACUUGUGCUCUUUAGAGAUGGGAAAGAUGGUUCAUGCUGAGAUUGUCAAGCUUGGAAUCGAAGAUAACAUCUUUAUGGGGACUGCACUCAGUGACAUGUAUGCCAAGUCAGGAGAUUUGGACAGCUCCAGGAGGAUGUUCUAUCAAAUGCCUGAAAAAAACAAUAUCACUUGGACUGCCAUGGUUCAAGGACUUGCAGAAAAUGGCUUUGCUGAAGAGUCUAUUUUGUUGUUUGAGAAUAUGAUAGCAAAUAGAAUAGCACCAAACGAGCAUACAUUUCUAGCUAUUCUAUUUGCUUGUUCCCACUGUGGUUUGGUGGAGCAAGCCAUACAUUAUUUUGAAACAAUGCAGGCACAUGGCAUCCCACCUAAAGAUAAACACUACACUUGCAUGGUUGAUGUCCUAGCUAGAGCUGGCCGUUUGCCAGAAGCAGAAGAGCUUCUCAUGAAGGUUCCAAGUAAAUUAGACACAAGUUCAUGGUCAUCUCUUCUGAGUGCUUGCAACACUUACAGGAACAAGGAGAUUGGUGAGAGGGCAGCAAAGAAACUUCAUGAGUUAGAGAAGGACAAUACAGCAGGCUAUGUGCUACUCUCAAACAUGUAUGCAUCUUGUGGUAAAUGGAAAGAUGCUGCUGAGACGAGGAUACUGAUGCAAGGACCUAGGCUUAAGAAAGAUGGUGGGUGCAGUUGGUUGCAAUUAAGGGGACAAUAUCAUGCCUUCUUUUCUUGGAAAGGGAAGCAUCCUUUGUCAUUGGAAAUUUAUGAGAUCUUGGAUUUGCUGAUGUGGGAACUUACUACUUGAAUUUGUUGUGAUGGUUGGUCAGCAGUGGGAACAGUUCUGACUUCUGAGCAAAUGAGGAUUCCUGUGCCUUCUCAAUUUUCAGGAAGGUAAAGUAGCAGAAUAGAGUUGAUGGAUAAUUAACUUACUGAAUGUGGAUUCUCUUGAUGCAGUGACUUGCACAGGUAUUCAAGGAUAUCUGGUUCUGAACAGUAGCAAUCAGCAAAUUCUGUUGGCAGGUCAUGAAUGCUUUCAUUCUGGAGAAUUAUGCAAUUGAGUACAGUUAUUUUGAACAUUAUUGUCAUGACGCUCUACUUCACCCAGUUCCUCAAAUUUUUGGCAACGCAAGAAGCUCACAUGAUUUGAACCAGCUUCAGAAAAGCAGUAAAGAAAUUACAGCUCCCCUUUCCAAAAAUUUGAAUAUGUCUACUGGAUCUUUUCUGAACACCUCUGCUACACAGAGAGUGAAGAUUACAGUGGUGGUGCUUCAGAGGAUAUAAAUAUACUACAAAUAGUGUUUCAACCUCAAGUCUAAGCAUAGGUACGAUGGCUGAUUUCACUGACAUACGAUGAUAUGACCUGAUUUGGUGCUAUGGGUUCUCUUUUGAAUUGAGUGUCUAUCGGCUCCACCAUUCCAGUUGGUCAAGAAGAAUUUUUCUAAUGAAGUUUUGCAAGAUCUCCCCAAUGCAUUACAUUUACCAUGAAAAACAGGUAAGGUAAAUUAGUCUUGAUGCUUCUCAUACACACAGUUCUUCUUCCAGACUUGAAAAGUGUCUUGGAGCAGUGGAACCCAACCAACUGAAGUCAAUUGUGUCCUACUAAUCUACUAUAGCUUUGUAACCAUGUAGCCCUCCAAAGAGAAUAGUUUCUCGAAACACGAAUCGAUUAAUCGGUCUCCAAUCUCGAUGCUUCUAAUACACUCAGUUCCGGCUCUUUGCCCACAUGGCCACAUGGGAGGGAUGAUCUCUGGCACUGCGCAAACUCUUCGAUUCCUGAAUCACAGUCGUUAUCAGCUUAUAGAAACCCAGAUGCACACAUGUGGCUCAGCAGUCUAGCAAUCGGUGUCCUGUUGGGCUCUACUGAAGCACUGACCGGACCGAAACAUAGUCGGUGGCAGUGGCAGGUGAUCCAUCAUCCGCCGUGGUGUGGUACUGUGGUGUGUACGCGCGGGUGCGGCUUGACACCCGCUCGCGGCGCGCCCGACCACCCGUCAGCUCGGUGGUUCACGUCGGCGGGCCCGCUCUUCUUUGUUCCGAACCUUCGUCACCCUGCUCGUCUGGCCACACCUUCGCGCAAUCUGCGACGACACCAAGCCAAAAGGCCCAAAGCCAAGCCGUGUCACCGAAGCGGAAAACGCGUCGCCUUCAGGCAGUCAGAGAGCGUUGAUCUCACCUUUGCUGGUGGUCUGCUCGUCAUCGGCGGCGGCGGCGGUGAUGGAGCCCCUGGAGGUGGCCAUAACGAUCAUAUUCGACGCGCUGCUGCUGGUGUUCAUGGUCAAGCUCUUCUUCGCCAUGUUCCAGAUGAAGCUGGUCGUCAUCCUCUUCUACCUCGUCAUCCUCCUCUUCGCCAUGGCCUUCUCCGGCCGGGCGCCCAGUAGCUUCUAGCUCGUAGCAGGUGGCAAAAAUCUUUCUUUCCCCACUUCUUUCCUUUCUUCGGGUAUAGAUCGGUGGAGUCGUGCAGCACUACGUCAUGUGAAAAAGAUUAUCAUCUCGGUUUUGGGUUGAAGACUAAUUUUUCUUCUAGAAAAAAAUGUACUAUGCAUGAUCCGAGGCGCAAAUUGCGUAAGCGUGAAGAGAAACCGUGUGCUCAAACACGUGAUUUAGUCAAUCUAGAGCUUCCCCUACGUUUCAUA